UGAAGACGUAGAAAAGGAGCCGUUAACCGUCCCUCAACUACAUCAAUAAUAAUUUUCGGAGAUCCUUUUUGUGGAAUGGAUUUCUCUCAGCUUCUGGUUCGUUUCCAAUCUUGAAGGUAGUUUUUCAACCAUCUCAAUCCCAAUCCAAUCCAAUCAAAUCCAUCUAAUCUGCUAAUUCUCGCGCCUCCUCGUCACAAAAACCCCUAAUUUGGGAUUUUUUUCAUCCCAAAUUAGGGUUUCAACGAUCACAAACCAACCACGAAAUCUCUGUUCCGAUCACUCGUUUGCUUCGAUCUUCGCGUUUUCCUUGGUUUGAUCUACCAAUUUCCCGCCCGAUCGGUUCGCUUUGUAGUUCUUUUAGAUGUUUAUAGCUGCUACACACAAAUAUUUAUCUAUACGAUCGUAUAUUUAUUUGUAUUUUUAUACAUAGAAGAGAUAGUUUAGUUUGUGAGAUGAAGCAUUCGAAGAAGAAGAAGAGGUCUCGACCUACGAACCAAGUCGGCGUCAAAGGCGCUGCACGCGAGGGAGAGAGUGAAGAACGCAGAGUUGUUAAGAGUUUGAUGGAAUCUUUUACGUCAGUUUCUAUUGAAGAAGCUUCUUCGGCUUAUCGAGAGGCGAAUGGGGACCCGAGCAAGGCGGCGGAGAUUUUGGGAGAAUUGUUGGAAAUUGCCGAUGAUCAGGCCACGAGUUGUUCAGGUUCGAGCUCAAGUUUGGGUCCAAGCUCGGCGGAGGUGUUUAUGGACGCCAAUUGUGGUGGCAGUGGAGUUCGUGGAAGGGGUUUUAGAGGGACUAAUAAGCAAAAGAAGGUUAUUGCAUCUACAGGGACGGUUUCGACAAUUUUAGGAAAGGAAUACGUAAGGUCAAGCCCAAGGAAGGAUGUAUAUAAACCAUUAAAGGGGUAUGCUUAUGGACCUGCAAACAAAGGAGACGCCGAGCAGUUUUUGUGCUCGAUGCUUGGAGACGACUGUGAACUGAGCAUGGCUGUUGUUAGAGACGUUCUAUGUCAAUGCGGAUAUGAUGUUGAAAAGGCUUUGAAUGCAUUGCUUGAAUUAUCUGCUUCCUCCCUUGAGCAGUCCAAGAAUGGUCAAUCUUGUGAGCGUACAGCAAACAACAAAGAAGAUACACAAUACUUUCUUGAAUGCAGUGACAAUUUAACCGAUAGGGUAUCUGACUCAACUUCUCAAACAUCUGAAAGCGAAAUUCAAGAUAGUAUGUGGUCUAUGGAUCGUUGCAGGAAUUAUUCAGAGGUUCUCACUGGUUCUAAAGUUCAUUCUCCAACUGACCCUAGGAGUUCUGAGUUAGAACUCCCUCAGCAGGUGUUGGAAUCUUUGUUUAACAUGUCCAAGAGUUCUAAACAUGAGCCAAACACUAUGAACUGGAGGGAUGUAGUGAAAAAGAUGGAGUCUGUGGGACAAAGAUUUGAUUAUGACCCUGCUGAUGCUACAGAACCAGAGCACAUUCAUGCUAAAGGAGAUGCAUAUCAGGUGCAUAGAAAAGCUGCAACGCAGCACUGGGAUUCAAUGAAAUCCUACUAUCAGAAGGCUGCAACAGCAUUUUCUAAUGGGGAACGGGAAUAUGCAGCUUACCUUUCUGAGCAGGGAAGGUCAUACAACAAAAUGGCUCGAGAGGCAGAUGAAAAAGCAAGCCAAGAGAUAUUCAAAGCUAGAAACAAGAAUAUAGAAAAUGUGAUAACAAUUGAUCUGCAUGGCCAACAUGUCAAACAAGCUAUAAAGUUUUUAAAAGUUCACCUACUCUUUGGAGCAUAUGUACGCUCUGUCCAGAUUUUCAGGGUUAUCACAGGAUGUGGGAGCCAUGGUGUGGGGAAGUCAAAGCUGAAGCAGUCGGUGAUUAAUCUUGUUGAAAGGGAAGGUAUUGAAUGGAGUGAAGAGAACCGUGGAUCGGUCCUAAUAAGGCUUGAUGGGCAGAGAGAGUUCGCCUUUCUAGAGUCAGAAAACGAUAGUGACUAGUCCUUAAGUUCUGGUGUAAAAUCACACCUGGGACUUUCUUGUCACUGGUGUUUGUAUACCAAGAAAUAAAUUUUAGAGAAUUAACUAUUUAUCUAGUGUUGGGAGGACCAGGUAUUUGUGUAGAUGUUUUACUUGUGUACAAUAUCUUCUCUUUAGGUAGACUGAAGUGUGGGCCGGACACAAUGCCAUGCUCAGGCCUCAUUUGUACAAUAUUUUUAACAUGUAUUUGAUUUCUAUGAAAUUAUGCAACUUAAAUUAGUUAAUUAUAAUGUGAUUAUGCAUCAUCAUGAUACAAAA